CAGACGAUGCGACGUUUAUUCUUUUUCAUCUUAGAGACAUGUUUCUCUAUUCUUUCCCGUCCGACAAGUGAUUGUGUUCAAACCACCGUCACUGGCGACCGGCGCGGAGGAUUCUGACAACGACCGGCGAACUUGAGGAACUGGGAUCGUUUUCUGUUUCUUUAUCGUUCCCUUUUGGAGGAGGAAUUCGUUCUGCGGGGAAACCAGAAAAAUGAUCCGGUUCAUUCUGCUUCAGAAUAGGCAAGGGAAGACGCGCCUGGCGAAGUACUACGUGCCGUUGGAAGAAUCUGAGAAACACAAGGUCGAGUAUGAGGUCCAUCGUCUGGUAGUCAACAGAGAUCCCAAAUUCACCAAUUUUGUCGAGUUUCGCACACACAAGGUCAUCUACAGGCGGUAUGCUGGACUGUUCUUUUCAAUGUGUGUUGAUAUCACAGAUAAUGAACUGGCAUACUUGGAGUGCAUUCAUUUAUUUGUUGAAAUAUUGGAUCAUUUCUUCAGCAAUGUUUGUGAGCUGGAUUUGGUCUUUAAUUUUCACAAGGUAUAUCUGAUACUGGAUGAGUUUAUCCUUGCUGGUGAAUUGCAAGAGACAAGCAAAAGGGCUAUCAUUGAGAGGAUGGGAGAGCUGGAGAGGCAAGAGUGAGGAUCUGUAUUGCUUAUUUCUUGACAUCCUUAUCCGUCCUCACACGGCUGCGAGGUGGCAAAACAGUACCAGUACUUUUCGCGACGGAGCUUGUUUCAUUAGAAAUUGAUGCCUUUUGUGGAUAUAGGUUGGACAGUCUUUUUUGGGGUGGAAUUGAUCGAUCAUGUAAUGGAUCGUGUUUAAUGGAUCAUGUUCAUUGUAUUUUUGGAUGUCUUAUCCUGAGACUUGUGUAUGUACAAGUUUGCGAUGGUC